AUACUUAAUCAAUUUGGAAAUUAAUGUAACUGCUUAAGCCCUUGUAAUGUGUAUAUUAAAAGAAAGCAAAACUUUUUAUUGUACAAAAAUAUGAAUGCAGUGGUAUCCAGAUAGUGAACUAAGAAAUAUUCGCAAUUGAGGGUAACGAAAUGGAUAUGGAUAAUUACUUUCCACGCAAAUACAUAUGCUGCCGACGUUCAACUCCUAAGUUUCUACUAGUUUCAUCGGAAAAAGGGAUUUUUAUAAUUCCAUUUACUGUGAUUGCUAUAUUCACAUUAUUACCUGCUUUUCUUGCUGAAGCCCAAGAACAGAAUGCACCUCCUAUACUGUAUGUUCGAGAGCGCAAUUGGCGGAUUUCAGAGACUGAACAAGUCGGACAAAUUAUUGAUCGGGUUCGCGCUGAGGAUCCGGACGGCGAUGAAUUAGUUUUUGGGAUUGAGCCACGUUUUGUGGCAUUACCAGAUGCGCACGAUAAAUUAAAAGACGCACUUCCGUUCCGUAUUGAUUCAAAGAGGGGUGUCGUUUAUCUCAAUGAAAGCCUGAUUGGCCGUGCUGGGCAAAAUUUUUUAAUAUAUAUUACCGUUUCGGAUGGUCGAUACACAGCGAAAAAUGAAGUUUUUAUUAACAUUUUAGGCCUGCAGGAUAGUAAUAAAAUAGGAGCUGGCUCUAAUACACCCCCAACUAUAUCCCAUGUCGUGCACAACAUUUCCCAAUUUCUACCCUCCUUCGGCCAGCUUCCUGGUGUGCAAUCAAUUAGAAAUGGGCUUCCUAAUCGUCGGCCAAGUUUGCAAAAAGGCCUAUCAGAUAACAGUGCAGUAGUCUAUCCGAACUUCGCUAACUUCUAUCCACAUCAACAUCAAUAUCCUGUUAUACAAAAUGCCCAAGAUGCAAAAGGAGUGGAUAAAACGAAACAAUUUUUCGAUUUGGCGGAGGUGAAUUUAAGUACCCGGACUAAACUUAAACCAAUUAGUGAAACAACAAAUCAAAGGCCGGAAAAAAUACAAAAUGACGAAAUCCCAGCCACUCUCCUUACGAUUAAGUCAAUGACCAUUUCGAUAGUGAUUGGUCUUUGCGGUCUAAUUGCAUUAGGAGCUGCAGCUUUUGGCUACUUUUGUCGCCACCGCCUGUGUGCUAUCAGCAAGUCGCUACAGAAAAAGUCUAAAGAAGAACUGGUAAAGAAGUCGAAUCCAAGCAACCUUAGCGGUAAUCAUACCUCUGAUAAUCAUAACUUAAUGGCUAUGCAGCAGUGGAGCAGACCCUUAGCAUAUGGCAAUCGCUACGUACCUUGGGAUCGAGAGCAAACUGUGGCGACCUCAAGCCUCUCAGCCGCUUCUGUGGGUGAUUUUUCGACUGGUGUUGAUCCGAGAGCAACAACACUGGCUGUGUCGCUGGAUACUAGUACCGAUAUGAGCUAUAGCAUUAGAAGAAAUGGGCUUAGUGGCUCCUUUGAGUUUCCAAGGCACCGGCUAAAAUUCUUCAAUAUCUUAGGUGAAGGUGCUUUUGGGCAAGUUUGGUGCUGCGAAGCCAUCGGCAUCAAUGGUACUGAAGGCGUUACAACUGUCGCUGUGAAAACACUUAAAGAAAGUGCUACCGAAAUUGAAAAAAAAGAUUUAUUGUCGGAACUGGAGGUUAUGAAGUCGUUAGAGCCUCACCCUAAUGUUGUGCGUUUGCUGGGCUGUUGCACUGAAAAGGAUCCGACUUUUGUUAUAAUCGAGUAUGUUAAUUGUGGAAAGCUCCAAUCGUAUUUACGUACUUCGCGAAGUGAAAGUGGACACUAUGGAAACACACACGGAAAAUCAAAUAUUCUCACUUCAGGAGAUUUAACGUCAUUCAUGUACCAAGUAGCUAAAGGAAUGGAUUUUCUAACAUCACGCGGAAUUAUUCAUCGCGACCUGGCAGCACGCAAUAUUUUAAUAAUGGACGAUCACGUUUGCAAGGUGGCAGACUUUGGAUUUGCACGCGACAUCAUAACAUCAAAAGUGUACGAGCGGAAGAGUGAUGGAAAGCUUCCAAUUAGAUGGAUGGCCACAGAAUCGCUUUAUGACAACAUAUUCUCUGUUAAGUCGGAUAUCUGGAGUUUCGGUGUCUUAAUGUGGGAAAUUGUCACCUUGGGGUCUACACCAUAUCCAGGAAUAUCAGCGACUGACGUUAUGAAAAAGGUGCGAGAUGGCUACCGGCUGGAGAAACCAGCGCAUUGCCGCCGGGAGCUAUACAAUAUUAUGUACUACUGUUGGGCACAUUCUCCCAUAGAACGCCCAACAUUUGCUGAAAUUCUGCAUAUGCUCGAAAAUUUACUGCUCACAGAAAUGAAUUAUAUUGAGUUGGAGCGCUUUCCUGAUCACAACUAUUACAAUAUAACUAACGUCAGUGGCGAAAAGUUAUAAAAAUUGCUAGAGCAAUAUUAUUCGCAAAAUACAACGCACUGCCCAAUAGCUUUAUUAUAUGUAUUAUUUUGGGCAGAUUUAAUUUUAUGUCGUCAUAAUACUUUUAAAAAUUUAUAAACAUUUUUCCAAAAUUAUUUAAUA